AUGGAUGCUAAUUUGCGUUAUCCUACACCCAUCCCUACUUCAAGCACCGGGAUCCUCUCUAGCUCCCCCCUGCGACGCACCUCGGCAGCCAUUGGUGAGGCUCGUGCCGCCAUGAUGGAGAAACGCGCUCCUCUUGGCACUGUUCCGUCGGUAGAGCUCGCCGAGUCUGGGGAGAUGCUGCUCAUGGGCCGUUCCUCUAACUCGUCCCACUACCAGCUUUCCGCCAGCCGCCUGAUAUCACGCAUCCAUGUCAAGGCCCGCUACAUUGCUGCGACCCAGCCCCAAGAAACAAACAAGGUAGAGGUCAUCUGCGAGGGCUGGAAUGGGCUGAAGUUGCAUUGUCAGGGCCGUAGCUGGGAAUUGUCCAAGGGUGAUACCUUUACAAGUGAGACGGAAGCCGAGAUCAUGAUUGAUGUGCAGGAGACACGUGUACUGGUUCAAUGGCCGCGCCUGUCCUCCGCCGUCGAUAAUGCUGGCAGCUUGUCUGACUCCAGCUGGGAUGAUUCCCCUCCACGAUCCCAGACGCGUCGUGACCAUCUGCUGGACUCAUCUCCGCUUCGCCGGCAUGGGGCCCGUAUCCGGUCUCCCGAAAGCCCCACGCCUGUCCACCUCGCAAGUUCGCCGCGCCUUCACGAUCUCCUACCCAAGCCGCAGGACGGUGAUGGCGCUAUCGAGAUCUACGAGGAUGAACCAGAGCUCCCAGGUCAACAGCGCGAAACGGCUCUGGACCCCAAUGCCAGUUUCUUGACAGAAGUCACUGCGAGCUUCCACAGCCAGUUGGAUGACGAGGAUGACGAGGAUGACGAGCACGAAGAACACAACCCCGAUGAGGAAAACGAUCCCAUCAUUCAUUCCUUUGGUCCAUUUGGUGCUGAUAUCUCGAACCGUUUGGCUUCGAUCAUGGGCAAGUCUCCCCGUGCGCCGGGACCUCUAGGGCGUGAUGCCCCUCAGCUUGCUGAGAACCCCGAGGCAUCCGAGACGCACACCGAAAGCAGCUUGCCAUCUGACCCGCCAUCUCCCGAUGGCGAGAAAGAGAAGACUCCCUCUCCCGAGGACCAAUUGGCCAGCGAGGGGGAAGAGCAUCAAAAGCUGACACCUCAAAGACCAAACGCCACUGUGCAUCCCAGUGUUGGUAAUCAUGUUGUCAACCAACUCGCCUUCUCUCGGCUUUCAUCCACACCCUUAUCGAGCAUCAUGCAGCAGCUCCCUACUGAUUUGAAAGUCGACCUGACCUCCGAUGCCCUUCGCGAAGCCCUUGAGUCAACAACGUGCAUUGGUAUCAUUACACGCCAGGGCAAGGAUGCCGCUGGAAAGGCUCUCGAGAGCGAGUACUACUACGUACCCGAGCAGGAUAAUGACGAGCAGCGCAGGGCUGCUGUCGUGGAUGGGCUGCGUAAGCCCAGCCUGAGGAAUUGUCGCAAGCAGCACAAGCAAUAUUAUUGGAAGCGUCCUCGGACACCUUAG